AUGAAUGUUCUGAGAAAACCAACCCACCAGAGGAUUAUGACCAAUAGCGCUGGAGGAAAACCCUCCAAGAAACAACCAAAAACUGCUCGGAAGCCUGUAUCAGCCAAGAAAGGUAGCCUAGAGAAACGAGGAGUGACCCCACCUCAAAAGCUGACAGUGAAGUGGGCCCCAGACGUCUACGAUCCAGUCCCCUCCUCAAUUUCCCACACGCUAGCAAACAAUCGGAUCGGGAGACUGCGAAUUAAGAACUCCAAAUCUGAACAGAUGAUCGAAAACAAGCUGUCAUCAGAUGGAAACAAAUACAAAGACAAGAAGCAUGGCCGUAUGUGUGGCGAUAAUUCUACCCUUCUUUAA